CGCGGGCGCAGGCCCUUAUUGGCGGAGCGGGCGGGCGGCGAGGUUUGAAACCCCAGCAGUCGGCGCCGCGCGGACGCGGGGUGGGCGCGAGGCGGCGGGAACGAGCGAGCGAGGCCUCUGCGGCGGGAGCAGCGUGAGACGCCAUGGCACAAGCACUUGCCUCCCCAGGGCUGUUCUCUGAUGACGAUGUUGCGGUGUCCCCUGUUUUUGAAUCCACAGCAACGGGGUUUGGGGCUGAUGUGCGCAAGGACUUGCUGUCAGAGUUCUCUGCCAUCUCGCCCAACCUGGAGGGCUCCCAGCAGGCUGUAGCUGAAGACAACAACGGAAAAUUAAAGGUGUAUCUGAGAGUUCGACCUCUGAAACCUACAGAAGUGGAAAAAGGGGAAGACCAGGGCUGUGUCUGCAUUGAGAAUUCAGAGAAUCUCCUUCUAAAAGCCCCAAAAGACUCCUUCACCAUGCGGAACACGGAACGUGGAGUGGGACAAGCAGCGCACAGAUUCUCUUUCACCCAGAUCUUUGGACCAGAUGUAGGGCAGAAAUUGUUCUUUGAUGAGACAAUGAAGCAGGUGGUGAAGGAUGUACUGAACGGGCAGAACUGGCUGGUCUACGCCUAUGGCAUCACCAAUUCGGGGAAGACUCACACUAUUCAAGGCAGCCACAAAGAUGGGGGAAUUCUGCCGCGCUCCUUAGCGGUCAUCUUCAACAGCGUGGGGGACCGGUUGUACCGAGCCAUGGACCUGAAGCCGUCCCUCUCCAAUGAGGUCACCUGGCUGGACAGCAGGCAGGUUCGACAGGAGGAGACCAAGAAGCAGACUCUGCUGCGAGGGGGUCUGUGGGAGGAGGAGCUGUUAACGCCACUGAAGAGGAGCCAUAGUGCUGAGUCUCAGCUCCAGGCCACCACCAGUGGCAGUUUUGACAGUGGAGUUGCUGGCCUCUCUUCAUCCAGCCAGCUCACCAACCGUUCAGACAGCAGCCAGACAGAAGAGCUGGGCCCUCGGUGGGCUGACUUGGAUCGCAUUUCACUCACCAACGCAGGAGACGUACAGUUCUCCAUCUGGGUCUCCUUCUUUGAGAUUUACAAUGAGUUAAUCUAUGACUUGUUAGAACCACCUUUACCUGGCCAGAACCGCAAGAAGCAGACCCUGCGGCUCUGUGAAGACCAGACUGGCAACCCCUAUGUGAAAGAUCUGAACUGGAUCAAUGUCCACGAUGCGGAUGAGGCCUGGAAGCUCCUGAAACUGGGUCGGAAAAACCAGAGUUUUGCUAGCACCCACAUGAACCAGAACUCCAGUCGCAGUCACAGUGUCUUCUCCAUUCGGAUUCUGCACUUGCAAAGAGGUGGCAGUGAAACUGUUCCAAAAAUCAGCGAGUUAUCCCUUUGUGACCUGGCUGGCUCAGAGCGCUGCAAAGACCAGAAAAGUGGGGACCGAAUGAAAGAAGCAAACAACAUCAACACCUCCCUGCACACGCUGGGUCGCUGCAUUACUGCCCUCCGCCAGAACCAGCAGUCCAAGUUGAAGCAGACUGUGGUUCCCUUCCGGGACAGCAAGCUGACCCGUGUGUUCCAGGGUUUCUUCACUGGACGUGGACGCUCUUGCAUGAUAGUCAACAUUAAUCAGUGUGCAUCUACAUAUGAUGAAACUCUCUAUGUAGCCAAGUUCUCAGCCAUUGCCAGCCAGCUUGUCCAGGCACCUCCCACAAAGCUGGGACUUCCAUCCAUUCAAUCAAUUAUCAAAGAGCACAACAGGCGAACCAGCCAGAAACUAGAGGCAGCGGCAAAGGAAGAAGUGGAAUCAGAAGAAGAGAGUGAGGAUGAAGCAGAUGUCUCCAUGUAUGAGAAGGAGGACUUGUUGCGUAUUGUGGAAGCUGCACGAGAACUUCUGGUGCAAGAGCGGCAGGAGAAGCUGCAACUAGAAAUGCGUCUCCGUGAGGAGAUCUGCAAUGAGAUGAAGGAGCACAUGCAGCAGAAGGAGCAAUGGUGCAGCCAACACGUGGAUGCUCAGAGGGAGCUGCUGGAGGAACUGUAUGAGGAUAAACUGAAUAACCUGAAGGAGUCACUGACUGACUAUUACCAGGAGGAGAUCCAGGAGCGCGAUGAGAAGAUUGAGGAGCUCGAAACUGCUCUGCAGGAGGCAAAACAAAAACUGGAGAGCCUGGAUACUAAGGCAAAGGACCCAGGGCAAGGCUUGCGUCGAUCAAAGAGAGUGGCUUCCUCCUGCGCUCUGCAACAGGAGCUGGUAGAUGCUAAAGCCAAACUGGAGCAAUGUCAAAUGGAGUUAAAUACUGCAACAGCAGAACUGCGCAAGUACCAGAAAUUACUGGAGCCACCUCCCUCCGCCAAACCCAUUACUGUGGAUGUAGACAGGAAGCUGGAGGAUGGACAGAAGAAUGUCAGAUUGCUGCGUUCGGAAUUGCAAAAGCUUGGGGAGUCUCUUCAGUCUGCAGAGAGGGCGUGCUGCCACAGUACGAGUGCAGGGAAACUCCGAGAAGCCCUAUGUACAUGUGACGACAUUCUGGCUAAACAGGACCAAACACUGGCAGAACUGCAGAACAACAUGAUGCUGGUAAAACUAGAUCUGCGGAAGAAAGCGGCUUGUAUUGCUGAACAGUACCACACCGUGCACAAGCUCCAGGCUCCUCCACCGUCUGCCUUAAAGAAACGGUUCUGUGCCAACAGGGAAAACCUACAACCGACUCAGCCUCCUGGUAAAAGGCCCUUUCUGCACAACCUGCUGACCCGCUCGGCGGCCCGGCCCGGGGCUGCCAGGGGCUGGCAGCUGCCUUCAGUCGCUCUAUGACUUUCUGCCCCAUCAUUACUGGAAGAGGUGGCAAAUGAAAUAUAAUAGCAUCAUUUUUUUUUCUUUGUGUGCUUGUUUAUUGUCAUUGUAGCUGUUGAGAGCUUAUGUAAACAUUUUUGGAUAUGUAUAGUUAAACUUUUAAUCGAUACCAAAGUGGACAAAACGACCUUUUGUCAUUUAAACACUACAAUGAGGAAAGUCUUGAAAUAGAAAACAAUGCAGAUGAUCCAACUUGUUUAACAGAGGGACAAGUUCUCAUCUUCAACUAUGUUGGCACAAAAUUCAAAAGUAAGUUCGUAAGAUCUUCCUUGGCAGAUGUCUUCCCUUCCUUGAAUUAUAAUCCUUUAUUAAAGUAUACUCGUUCUAGUCUAGGGUGGCUCUUUUGGAUCUUGGCUUGCAAUUCUGGCUCCAAGGAUGUAACAGGCAUAGAACUAAGCAAAAGAAACAGUAAAAUGGUUAUAUAUAACAAGCACUUGAAUGUAAAAGAUGAUGGAUGAUGCAUCUAGUUAAACUUCCUGUAUUGUGAAAAAAGCGUUCAGAUCUUUAACUCCCUGUGAAGGAAUCAUGCUCACAGACCUGGGCAAAUGAAUCUGCUUAAAAGGCAACAAGAUAUUCUAUAGAGUCAAGAAACAGUUGUUGCUGCUACCAUGAGGGUGGAGGAAUCUACUCAGUUGCUUGAGGUUGUUGCUGGCAACAGAAACUCACCUUCCUCAAGGUGUUUUAAUUCAAUAUAAUGUAUUUGCAUAUUUAACUUACUGCCUCAUUUUCCUGACCAAAAGGUUUAUUUUUAUAGGAGUCAUCUCACAGUAAAGUGAACUAAGCUGCCAGGUCACUUAAACAGCUGUGGUUUCUUUAAAUCCAGUUUAAGGUCUAAUCUUCCUGUGCAGAGCCCUGGGUGAAAUCCAGAACUGUCCCACACUUGCUGUGCUUGUUGGUCAAGUCUGCUCCAGGCGGCCUAAUGACACUGAUUUACUGCAAUUCUCUAUUCUGUGCCAGGUGGGGAAAGGGGGGGUGUCAGACUGCUUUGCUGUACUCCAUUAAAGCAGAUGAGAACUGGAUAUUGUUUCCUGAAAGCCAAAAGCUACUUUAGUUGCUUGCUGUUUUAAUGGAUUUGGCUGCGGUUUGCAUUGUUUAAGCUACAUUUGGCAGCUUCUCAAGUUUGCACAACCACUAAUACUAUGGGAGGGACAGCUUAGUUGAAUUUAAGACCCUCUUCAUAUUGCAAAUUGAGCUGAAUUUAUUUAUAGGUAACCCGUCCACAUUUCAUUAUGGUUUCAGCUAUAAUGAACAGUGUUUCUACGACAGUUUUUGGUACUCAGCUAUUUGUAUGUAGACAAGCUCUUUCUGGAAAAAUACUAAUCAAAUUACAACUAAGCACGUAUAGCCAAGUGCUGUUCUGUAUAACCAGAGGAGUUUCCUGCUAAAAAUAAAAUGGACUCUGUAUUUAAUGAAGCCAUAACCUUACCGGACAUGAAUGUAUUGCUUACACCACAUCAGUCUUUUUUGAUGAAUAAUUUCAGUGUUACCAAGCUCAUAGGUCUCUGCUUGCAUGGUUAAACUGCUCACACAAAUACCUUGUUCACUCUAUAUAGCUGCAUCUCAAGCUGCUGGGACUUUGUAAAUAAACUAUUAUAUAUUACUGAUGAGUAACAGAAAUAUUACUUCUCUGAAUAUUCUCAAGUUUAUCACACUUGUCGUAUGGGAAUUGAGACUCUGUGCUCCAGGAGGCAAUGACCUCUUGCUUCUGUGUUUUUGUGGUACCUUGCAUGUAUCUGAGAGUGUAACAUUAAAGAAUAAUGUAAUAACAUAA